GGAAACGUCUUUGACGUAGAUAACGCAGUUGUAAAAUUCCUUGCGAAAAUAUUUGCUCAGCGUACACAUUUGCUUUUUAACGCGACCCAUACAAUCAACGGUUGACCUUUUCCCUGAGUCAAGAUGUUCUACACCUGUGGACCCAAUGAGGCAAUGGUGGUGUCAGGUUUCUGUCGCUCCCCACCUCUGAUGAUAGCCGGAGGUCGGGUGUUUGUGAUUCCUUGCAUCCAGCGGAUCCAGAGGAUCUCUCUGAACACUCUGACACUGAACGUGAAGAGUGACAAAGUCUACACCCGACAUGGAGUGCCCAUUUCUGUCACUGGCAUUGCCCAGAUGAAGAUCCAGGGUCAGAAUAAGGAGAUGCUGGCUGCGGCCUGUCAGAUGUUCAUGGGGAAGACGGAGAACGAGAUCGCCCACAUCGCCCUGGAGACGCUGGAGGGCCACCAGAGAGCCAUCAUUGCUCACCUGACCGUGGAGGAGAUCUACAAGGACCGCAAGAAGUUCUCCGAGCAGGUGUUCAAGGUGGCCUCAUCCGACCUGGUCAACAUGGGAAUCAGCGUCGUCAGCUACACCCUCAAAGACGUUCACGAUGACCAGGAUUACCUCCACUCCCUGGGGAAGGCCAGAACUGCGCAGGUGCAGAAAGAUGCUCGCAUCGGAGAGGCUCAAAACAAGCGGGAUGCUGUCAUCAGGGAAGCCCACGCCAUGCAGGAGAAGGUCUCUGCUCAGUACGUGAACGAGAUCGAGAUGGCCAAAGCUCAGAGGGACUUCGAGCUGAAGAAGGCUGCCUACGACAUCGAGGUCAACACCAAGAAGGCCGAGUCUGAGAUGGCCUACCAGCUGCAGGUGGCGAAGACGAAGCAGCGCAUCGAGGAGGAGAAGAUGCAGGUGCAGGUGGUGGAGCGCGCCCAGCAAAUCAUGCUGCAGGAGCAGGAGAUCUCCCGCAAGGAGAAGGAGCUGGAGGCCAAGAUCAAGAAGCCGGCCGAGGCCGAGAGGUACCGGCUGGAGAGGCUGGCUGAAGCUGAGCGCCUCCAGCUCAUCAUGGAGGCUGAGGCUGAGGCCGAGUCCAUCAGAGUGAGGGGCGAGGCAGAGGCCUUUGCGGUAGAGGCCAAGGGCAAGGCCGAGGCGGAGCAAAUGGCGAAGAAAGCGGAGGCCUUCGAGCAGUACCAGGAGGGCGCCAUGGUGGACAUGCUGCUGGAGAAACUGCCUCUGAUCGCCGGCGAGAUCAGCAAGCCCCUCGCGGAGGCUCAGAAGGUGACGAUGGUGUCCAGCGGAGGGUCGGAGGUGGGCGCGGCCAAACUGACCGGAGAGGUGCUGGACAUCAUGACCCGGCUCCCUGAGACCGUGGAGAAACUGACCGGAGUCAACAUCUCACAGGUGUCAACUCGUAUGGGCUGAAGAGGAUCAUCAUUAAAACAACCAAAUGGAACAUCGACAUCUUUUCCCACUGCCCUGCCUGUCUGUAUUUGUCUGCAUGUGCGUUUGGAUCACAGCCUAACCUGUGCCUCCUGUCUGUAUGUUCCUGCGGAAAAACAACUCCCAUUUCUGAGUCUACCUCCAUGUGUCUGUCCGUCUGUCUUUCUGCACGUCUCCUUGUCUGCGUGUCUGUCUGCCCGUCUGUCUCUCUCUCUCCAUCUUUUCUACAUAACUGCCUGUAUCCACUGCCUUGCUGUUGAAUCCAAAGUGCAUCUUAACCUCAAGUCCGGUGCGAACACACUAUCAAACUUUCCCGUCUGUUAUUCCAGUUUUACAGUCUUACACGGCAACGUGGCAAAAACAUCCUGACCAAAUCUGCCAUCUCAGAUUUCACUCGUCGUGCUAGUUGCUUAUUUAUGUUUUUGGCCUCACUGGAACAGAUAAACAGCUCACAGGAUGCAAAGUGAUUGGACAGUGUCCUCUUUCAUUAGCCUAUGAAAGGCCCCUAGUUCAGCUAGUGACAAAUCACAGAUGUGAGCUGCUUAGCCAGUACUGAGAGGCGGUUGGUUUCAUUAAUGAUUUAGAUGUAACUCUCUGUACUCCAUGGGUUUCUCCUUCUAACAUGUAUGUACUGUUCUGUGUGUGUCACCUUAUCACAUUUGUGUUGCACAUUUUCCUGUAACUUUUACUCCUCUCAGUCCACUGUUGGCACGGGGGUUAUUUUCAGAGCCCACGAUCCUGCAAGGCCCUAAUCACUGCGCCACACUGCUACCUCUGAGGGACUUCAGCAGCCGAGAUUCUACAAGGGACGUUUUAACAGAGUAGUUCACAGCCCCAGGGUGACCAGAAAGCUGGUGCAGGGAAAGAAGGAUGUGAGUAGAGGAAUGAGAGAGGUGUGCAGUGCCGUAGAAGGGGUGUUAUGGAAUGUUUGAGGGGACUUAGAUGGCUCCGUUGGCGAUUUACGUUUCUGUAGUAAGGGUCAAGUACACACAGUGUCACUGGUGUGAAAACCGAAACCGCUUCCUCAUUCGUUCUGACUCGAGACGGUUCUGUGGAAUGCAUAUCAAUCCGGCUGAAGGGCCGCCACUGUCUUUCUCUCACGCUUAAACAUAACAUAAGGGACUAAAUUGCCUCUUCCAUUAAUUCUGAGGCUGAUGUGCGUGUAAGAGGAAAAAAUGCAGUGACCCGGUUAAGUGACACUCCAGUAAUGAAGAAAAACAGAGGAGCCAGCCUACUUGUGAAGUUAUCGAAUCAGGAAAUGCCAGAUAAGCAGUGUGGAUGUCCACUCCACAUUACAAACACCAUCUAUCUGCAGAUGUGCUCAGGGCAAAG